AUGAAAUUUUCAGCAAAACUUAUCUGGAAAUUAGUAACAUUACUAUUUUUUGCAGGUAAUGUUCUUUUACUUAUCUUAAUUAUAAUAUCUGGUACUACUCAGCAUUAUCCGGUCAAUAGAUUUUAUUGGGUAGAAGCUGACACAACUGGUAUACCUAAUGCAUCGACUUUAACAAGGUGGACAUUUUGGGGUGCAUGUGAUAGAGUCAAUGACAAGACUGUUUGCAGUCAAAACUUAUCUCCAGCAUAUCCAAUUUCACCAGUAGAUAAUUUCAAUACACAUGAAAAUGUUCCUCAUAGAUUCAUUUCUGAAAGAGAUGCUUAUUAUUACUUAAGUAGAUUUGCAUUUUGUUUCUUUUGGAUUGCUUUAGCGUUUGUCGGUAUCUCAUUUAUAUUGUUUAUUUUGACAUGGGUUUCUGGGACGCUCUUACAAGUUGUAUUUAUUUUAAUGGGAUUUGGCUGUGUAUUCAAUGUUUGUGCCGUUGUGCUACAAACUGCCGUCACAGUCAUGACAAAGAGUGCAUUCCAUGGGGAUGAUCGUCAUUCAAAGAUUGGUGCGUCAUUAAUGGGUAUUGCAUGGGCCAGUGUAUUUGUAUCGAUUUGGGAAUUUGUAUCAGUUGCAUUCUGGUAUACAUCUCGUAAAUUGAGAGAAUAUUACGAGGGUAGCUCGUUAACAGAAAAGCAUCAUAACAACUUCUUCCAUAGAGAUAAUGAGCCAUUGAAUGUUCCGGAACCAUUGAUGAGUCCGGAUGCAUAUAGUCCAGUUCCUAAUAUCAACAUGUCGAACGAUAAUAACGGACCUAUGAUUAAUCCAAGUGGUGUAACCAACAAUGAAACGUUAGGAUCUCCAAAUUUACCAAUUGUACAAGAACCAAUCACUACUCCACUACCGGCAGUUGUACCAGCAGAAGAAAGUAGGCAUAAAGGUAUCAAUUUCUUCACAAUUAGAAGGUCCCAUAAACCAAACCCUGAUGAUGUUUCAGUUUAA